AUGGUCGUCCUGGCAGCGUCGAUAUGUACCCGCGGAGGUAAAGCGGUUCUCUCGCGUCAAUUCCGCGAGAUUUCUCGGUCUCGAAUCGAAGCGCUCCUAGCAUCUUUCCCUAAGCUCGCCGACUCCGGAACCCAACACACCACCGUUGAGCAGGACAACGUGCGCUUUGUGUACCAGCCGCUCGACGAGCUGUACAUUAUCCUGAUCACCAACCGCCAAUCGAACAUCCUACAAGACAUUGACAGUCUUCACCUCUUCGCGCAAGUGACUACUAGUAUCUGCAAGAGUCUGGACGAGCGCGAGAUUCUCCGAAAUGCAUUCGAACUUCUCAGUGCAUUCGAUGAAUUGGUGACCCUGGGAUACCGUGAGAACCUCUCCUUGACUCAGAUCAAGACCUUCUUGGAAAUGGAGAGUCACGAGGAGAGAAUCCAAGAAAUCAUUGAACGGAACAAGGAGUUGGAGGCCAGCGAAGAGCGCAAGCGCAAGGCGAAGCAACUGGAAAUGCAGCGCAAAGAUGCCGCUCGCUCAGGCCGUUCCGCGGCUCCUCGAGCUCCUUCCUACCCUGUCUACACACCUCCUGCGCGCCCAUCGGUGCCUGACACCUACGACUCAUAUGAGGCCGAGAAGAAGAAGGCCUUCUCCAAGCCCAUCCCUACCCGUGGCAAGGGUAUGCAACUAGGCAAGAAGUCUAAAGCAACCGAUAUUUACGAGAAGGUUCGCGGUGAUGUGGGACCUGAAAUCGAAGAGGAGAGCCCAUUGGUGGCCCCACAAGUCGCAUCUCCUGUGCAGGAUGUCUCCUCGGCGCGCCAAUCUCUCAACACAGACCGGGAACCCAUCCAGCUCACAAUUGCCGAGACUAUCUCAGCCACCCUCACCCGCGAGGGAGCUCUGAAGUCCUUCGAAGCCAAGGGUGACCUGCAGCUCCGCAUCUCUGACCCCUCAUUUACCAAACUCCGCCUCGACUGUCAGGCUAUUCCGACACACGGUGCACAGUUCCGUACCCAUCCCAAUGUUGACAAGGCUCUAUUCAACGAGUCUUCCAUAAUUCAGCUGAAGGACACCUCCAAGAGCUUCCCUGCCAAUAACUCUAUCGGCAUUCUCCGAUGGCGUGUUGCCAGCUCAGCCGAUAAUGCUGAUAUUCUCCCCAUCACAUUCACCGUAUGGGUAAACAAGGGCUCUGACUCGACCACCGUUACGGUGGAGUACGAGCUUACCGGCGAAGACAGCCUCCGUGAUGUUGUUGUCACCAUCCCCUACGGCACAUCAGAGCCUGCCGUGUCUAGCUUUGAUGCAGUUUACGAGGUUUCUGGCGACAGCCUGGACUGGAACCUGGGCGCUGUGGACGAGUCAAAUGCCUCUGGCAGCUUUGAAUUCGAGGCGACUGAUUCCGACGAAAACGAGUUCUUCCCCAUGAGUGUUAGCUUCACAAAGACCAAGCCCUUCGUGGAUGUCGAUGUGAGCAAUGUCGCCUUAUUGGAUAUGGAUGGCCAGAGCACUGCCUUCUCCAAGGAGAUCCGCAGCGUCGCGGAGAAUUUCCUCAUCGAGUAA